CCCACUACGAAGAGUCAAGGUUCUAUGUACAGUUUGGCUCUAUUUUAGGGAGAGAUUUCAGUCUGCAAAUAAGAAUUGCACUGCAGACCACAAAGAAUAGAGUUGCCUCAGAUGGACCAGGAUAAAGGUUGCACGAUUAUGUAAGACAGGGCCGGGUGAGUGUCUGUGGCUGGCAGAUAUUCUGAUCACGCUCUUUCUGUCUGCACUUCGCCCUUCGUCUUGCUACAUAAAUUGCCACCAACCAGGCCAGAAGGUAGAGCCGUUGAAUACAGCUCACCUCAUCUCUUUGCAGCCCAGUUGGGUUCCUGAAGAAACCCGCUAAGCUCAAGCCCAGAGAAGUUCUUUUCUUGCAGCCAUGGAAACUUACUUCUCUGCCGUCCAGAAGAUGGAGCAAACAGUGAUGUUUCCCAGCCUCCUUCGAGGAGUCUCCUUCGAAGAGAGGGAGGAUGCCUUUGAAGCCGAUGCUGAUGGUGCCAAAGACCUGUAUGAAUAUUACGCCCAGCUGAAAUCCCUCAAGCAGAUGGUGGAAGGUGGCCUAGUGCCUUCGGAAAGCCACCGGCUACCUGGCACGGCCACCUGGGUGAAAGAGCAGGUGGCCAAAGAGGAACAAGAUCUUGCAACACUCUUUUAUUACCACGUCUCUGCCUUGCACCGCAUCCUCCACCAGCUGACCAGGAGAGCCAACACCGUGACGUCCAGAUACAAUGAAAUCAUGCAACAGAUUAACCAGAAUGGCUUUUCUCUUCACUGGUGAACCUCAGACUGUGAACUGUACAGGCAAGUCUGAUGUCCAUCCUUGAGUGUCUAUUUAAACAGCUUCCUGUGAAGAAACUGUAUGACUGGACGAAAGAGACGUUAUGAGCAACUGCCUUCUGAACACUUUUGUAUGACAGCAACACACACACACUUACAUUGAAAAGUUUGAAGGACUGACUUUCAUGUUUUGUGUUAUUCUAUUUUAUUUAUACAGUACCUGUAUUUAAACCUGAGGACAUCCCGGUGCCUCAGGUGAUACGAUACUUCAGCAUUCCUAAUAACUGAAGGUGACAAGUAAUACAGCUUUUUGUAUUUCUCAUUAAGUUUUUAACUGUGGUGAUGAUCUCAGAACACAAAUAAAUUGCUUAUUUUUUAUUAAACAA